CAGGCCAACGGACCGGGUACAAAGCUAGUUUAGUUAUCGAGUUUGCACUUUAUCUGGAUCCUAUGCAACCUAUCUUGAGCCACCAGUUUCUGGAGAUGGCGAUGACGGUUCGGUUACCAGCACCACCGCCAAGCUUGUGGCGCCUCCGCUCUCGGAAACCCAAUCCGUUCUUUAGCCUCCCAAAACUAUUUCCUCCGGAGGUCUCUUUUCCACGGAGAGUUGAACUCUACUUUUCUUGUACAGCCAGCGGCAAGGUUGAAGCUUUUUUCGCCUUCCCCUGUUUUCUGUUGGAUUCCUAAACUGGUGGGAUCUUACUAGCACAAACAGAGCAACUAUGGAAUCUUGUUUUAUGGGCAUGAUUGUUAAAUUAUAGAGGCUCGUAGAGUCUGCAGGAGACCGGAUUGUCUUCCACUGUGCGCUUGUGAACAUUACGAAUCAGUAGGCCAUGGGUGGGGUAAAUGUCAGGAAUUUCGAGUUUUCUGCCCUACUCAGGCCAAUGAAAAGCGACAACGUAAAUGUCCCAACUUCUAUUUUCCACGUUUCCGGCGAUUAAAACCAGGACACGAACACUCCUUCCCUUGACAAUCUGCUACUUCUGCUAGAACUAUGGAGUCCAAGACAAGAGUUGGGUGGGUGGCCUUAACCAUCGUUGUCCUCGUCUCAUGCUGCCUGGAACCUUUACACUUCAAUCUCCCAACUACUGAGGCUCGUGCAGCUGACGCCGGCGGCUUAGUGAGACUGAGCCUCAGGAAGCGUCCUCUCCGUCUUGAGGAUGUUAAGGCAAAGGCAGCGGCAGCGGCAGGAGGACGAGCAUCCCUCGUCGCCGCCGGUGAUAGUGGAAAUGGUGCUAGCGCUCUUCCUCUGAAGAAUUACUUCGAUGCUCAGUACUUCGGAGAAAUUGGGAUCGGCACCCCUCCCCAGCAAUUCACCGUUGUCUUUGACACCGGCAGCUCCAAUCUCUGGGUUCCCUCCUCCAAAUGCUACUUCUCUAUUCCAUGCUAUUUCCACUCCAAGUACAACUCUACCCGUUCAGCAACAUACCACACCAACGGAGAAUCUUGUGAAAUCAACUAUGGGUCUGGAUCAAUAUCUGGGGUUUUGGGUCAGGAUAACGUUGAGCUUGGAGAUCUUCUUGUCGAGGAUCAAGUUUUUAUUGAGGCUACCCGAGAAGGCAGUAUUUCCCUUCUGGUUUCUAAGUUUGAUGGAAUUCUUGGCCUUGGGUUUCAGGAAAUGUCUGUUGGGGAUGCUGUCCCUGUCUGGUAUAACAUGGUGCAGCAACGUCUUGUGAAAGAGGAAGUGUUCUCGUUUUGGCUGAAUCGAGAUCCAAAUGCGCUAGAGGGGGGCGAGCUAGUUUUUGGUGGCAGUGAUCCGAAGCACUUCAAAGGAAACCAUACUUAUGUCCCUGUCAUUCAAAAGGGUUACUGGCAGUUAAACAUGGGGGACUUCCUGAUUGGAAACCUCUCUACAGGCGUUUGUGAAGAGGGUUGUGGUGCAAUUGUGGAUUCUGGGACAUCCUUACUUGCUGGUCCAACUAGUAUUGUCACGGAGAUCAAUCACGCCAUUGGUGCUGAAGGGGUUGUGAGUGCAGAGUGCAAGAAAGUGGUUAGUCAGUUUGGGGACAUGAUAUGGGAUCUCUUGAUUUUAGGGGUAAAACCCGAUCAAGUAUGUUCACAGCUUGGCGUGUGCAUGUUCAAUGGGGCUCAGUAUGUGAGUUCUGAGAUUGAGCAAGUGGUGAAGGAAAAUGAGGGAGCAUCAGUUAACAAUGACCUUCUGUGCACUGCUUGUGAGCUGCUAGUCAUCUGGGUCCGGAACCAACUCAAACACAAGGAGAUAAAGAAUGCAGUCCUCAACUACGUCGCCGAGCUGUGUGAGAAGCUGCCGAGUCCAUCUGGAGAGUCCAUAGUUGAUUGCAACAACCUUCCAACCAUGCCCAACGUCUCUUUGACAAUUGGGGACAAACUCUUCAGCCUCACUCCGGAGCAGUACGUUCUGAAGAUCGGGGAAGGCAUUUCAGAGAUCUGCGUCAGUGGGUUCAUGGUUUUUGACGUCCCACCUCCUCAAGGUCCUUUGUGGGUUCUUGGAGAUGUGUUCAUGGGUGUGUAUCACACGGUGUUCGACUCUGGUAACCUCCAACUGGGUUUUGCUGAAGCUGCAUAACUAAGAGAUCAUCAUCUCGGUAUCACGGAAUGGUGUCGCUGGUGUAACAUAUGCAGCUGCAUUCUACCUCCACGAGCUAGCACGAGAUGUACGGUUCAUGUAAAGAAUAAUAACAAUAUAUAGCAGUGGAGAACCAGAAGGGCUGAUGCCACAUUUGAUCUCGAUUGUAUGGCCCUUAUUGUGUUUGACAUCCCAUGGUUACUUGGCCCUCCGUGCCAGCUAGCAUUGAAACAACUAUGAACUGCAAGUACAUUGUACAUGAUGCCAUUUCCCCAAUAAUCCCUACAAAUUUAU